AUGGAGGAGAAGUUCAACCGACUCCUCUUCAUCCCCAUUGCGGCGGUGCUCUUUCUGAUGAUCGGUUACCAGUACGUGUGCCCGGCGGACAGCAACACCUGCUACUUCCGAAGUGCCGACAAAGGGCUUUUCCAGCGGUACUCGCCGGGGUUCGAGUUAGUUUACACGGAGGCGGACGAGGACCUGCCAUCCAAAAUCACGUCCAAAUUUAACUUCACGGAGCGGGACCUGGACCGGCACGUCGACUUCAACAUCCGCGGGGACGACGUGAUGGUGUUCCUCCACAUCCAGAAGACCGGCGGCACGACGUUCGGCCGGCACCUGGUGAAGAACAUCCAGCUGGAGCAGCCGUGCGACUGCAUGCCCGGCCAGAGGAAGUGCACCUGCCACCGGCCCGGCAGAGCCGAGUCGUGGCUCUUCUCCCGGUUCUCCACGGGCUGGAGCUGCGGGCUGCACGCGGACUGGACCGAGCUCACGAGCUGCGUGCCCGUGGUGAUGAACAAGCGGGACAAGAAGAGUGCCCAAAAGAACAAAAGGAACUUCUACUACAUCACCAUGCUACGCGACCCCGUGUCACGCUUCCUCAGCGAGUGGAAGCACGUGCAGCGCGGGGCCACCUGGAAGACCGCCCUCCACAUGUGUGACGGCCGCCCGCCCACACAGGACGAGCUCCCCGCCUGCUACAGCGGCGAGGACUGGACCGGCGUGCCCCUGGCGGACUUCAUGAGCUGCCCCUCCAACCUCGCCAACAACCGGCAGGUGCGCAUGCUGGCCGACCUCAGCCUGGUGGGCUGCUACAACAUGUCGUCGGUGAGCGAGCUGGAGCGCGGCCGCGUGCUGCUCGCCAGCGCCAAGGCCAACCUGCGCAACAUGGUCUUCUACGGCCUGACGGAGUUCCAGCGCAAGACGCAGUACCUGUUCGAGCGGACGUUCGGCCUGCGCUUCAUCCGGGCCUUCACGCAGAUCAACAGCACGCGCGCCGCCAGCGUGGGCAUCAGCGAGAAGGUGCGCUGGCGCAUCGAGGGCCUGAACGCCCUCGACGUGGAGCUGUACGAGUACGCCAAGGAGCUGUUCCUCCGGCGCUAUCAGCACAACCGUCAGAGGCAGCGUCAGGAGGAGCGCGAGAGGAGGUGGCAGGAGAGGCAGCACAGGCAGCGGCUGCACAGGACCUAUCUGGCGGAGCUGUGGAGACUAGGAGGAGGAGGAGGAGGGGAGGAAGAGGAGCAGGGGAAGGGGCUCGAGGAGGUAGUCACGACAGAGGACUACAGCAGCCAGGUGGUGAGGUGGUGA